UUUCCCCAUCUCUUCCUAGUGUUCAUCAGCAACCAAGAGGCGAUGUCUGUCCUCAAACGCUCGAGGAGAGCAAAUACAGGUUUUGAGGAACUGAAGCGAGGAAAUAUGGAAAGAGAGUGCAUGGAGGAAUUAUGUAACUACGAGGAAGCGAGCGAGAUAAUGGAGUCACAAGAUGCCACGGACACAUUCUGGCACCAGUAUCAAGCUUGUCAUCCUGAAAAGAAGCUGCCGAGAGAGUCCCUGGACCGCUGCAUGUCAGGUAAUUGCACAGAAGGAAUUGGUCAGUAUUACUUUGGAAACAUCAGCGUCACCAGGUCGGGGCGAGACUGUCAGUACUGGGAGAGUAACUUUCCGCAUAAAACUAAGAUUAACCCAACCACCCACCCAGGGCGCCAUCUGACUGAGAAUUAUUGCCGAAACCCAGACGACAACCCACUGGGGCCAUGGUGUUAUACCAAGGAUCCCGAAAAAGCUAGAGAGGAAUGUUCAGUACCUUUAUGUAGCAACAAUGGAUUUACAAUUGAGCCAAUUGUGCAGGAAGUGCAGAAAACUCAAAAGAAAGAGGAGACACUCUGCGUGCCAAAUCAUGGUCUAGAUUAUAAUGGCACCCUGGCAGUGACAGUGUCCGGACUUCCAUGUUUACCCUGGAACUCACCAUUAGUGAAGGAGCACAACCACAAAGACUUCAGGAAAGAUGUAGUCCUAAAAGAGAAUUACUGCAGGAACCCAGACAAUGAUGACGAGGGCGUGUGGUGCUACGUGUCUCACAACAACACCACCUUCGACUAUUGCAAAUUAAAUUACUGUGAUAGUCCUAUAGAUGAAGAACCCAUUACUAGCCAAGCUGGCAGAACAGAUUCAACACAACAUCAAACAUUCUUUGAUGAGAAGAGCUUUGGCCAAGGAGAAGCAGUUUGUGGACAGAGGCCACUCUUUGAACAAAAGAAAGUGUCUGAUAAUAGAGAGAGACUGCUGUUUAACAAUCUGACCGGCAAUCUACAAUUCAAAGGAGAAGAUGCUGAGCCAGGCAGUUCCCCAUGGCAGGUGAUGCUGUAUAAAAGAAACCCCCAGGAGCUCUUGUGUGGAGCCAGUCUCAUAAGUGACCGCUGGGUGCUGACCGCCGCUCAUUGUGUCUUCUAUCCUCCAUGGGAUAAAAAUUUCACCACUGAGGAUCUCCUGUUGCGGAUAGGAAAACAUAAUCGUACCAAAUACGAGAGGACAACAGAGAAAAUUCUGCAGCUUCAACGGAUCAUUAUCCACCCAAAUUACAACUGGCAGGAAAAUCUGGACAGAGAUAUUGCACUUCUGCAGCUGAAGAAACCCCUGACCUUCACAAAUUAUAUCCAUCCAGUGUGUCUUCCGACCAAGGAGAUUGUACAGAAGUUCCUGCAGUCAGGGUACAACGGUCGUGUCACUGGUUGGGGCAAUCUUCAGGAAACAUGGAGCUCAGGAGGACCACAGUUGCCUUCAGUCCUUCAGCAGACAAACAUUCCUGUAGUGGAACAGGAGAAAUGCAAGGCUUCCACCAAUAUUAAAGAUUUCACCAGCAAUCGUUGGUACCAGAUGGGUAUAGUGUCUUGGGGAGAGGGAUGCUACCGUGAUGGAAAGUACGGCAUGUAUACGCAUGUAUAUCGCCUUCUGAGAUGGAUGAUGAAGACUAUAGAGCAAAAUCCCUAAUAGCAAGUUUAUUUUCCAGCAUUCUGCUGGAAAGCAUUCCAGCUCAACAACCAAAUUCUGUACGUCUGCCCAUCAAUAAAGAUAUUUUUGAACACUU